CGCAGGCGCGCAGGGAGUGCGCGGAAGUGGCGUCGGAGAUACUUUAGGGACGGGUCCUGCGGAGUAAAAAGACGCUGCUCGUCGCCUGAGGAGGGUGUAGGCCUCCGUAGGCCACCAUGAACCGGCUCCUGGACGACUACGACCCUUACGCGGUUGAAGAGCCUAGCGACGAGGAGCCAGCUUUGAGCAGCUCCGAAGAUGAAGUGGAUGUGCUUUUACAUGGAACUCCCGACCAGAAACGAAAACUUAUCAGAGAAUGUCUUACUGGAGAAAGUGAAUCAUCUAGUGAAGAUGAAUUUGAAAAAGAAAUGGAAGCUGAAUUAAAUUCUACCAUAAAAACGAUGGAGGACAAGUUAUCCUCCCUGGGAACAGGCUCCUCUUCAGGAAAUGAGAAAGUUGGAACAGCUCCCACAAAGUACUAUGAUGAUAUAUAUUUUGAUUCUGAUUCUGAGGAUGAAGACAAAGCAGCACAGGUGACCAAGAAAAAAAAGAAGAAACAACACAGGAUUCCAACAAAUGAUGAAUUACUAUAUGAUCCUGAAAAAGAUAACAGAGAUCAGGCCUGGGUUGAUGCACAGAGGAGGGGUUAUCAUGGCUUUGGACUACAGAGACCACGUCAACAACAACCUGUUCCAAAUAGUGAUGCUGUCUUGAAUUGCCCUGCCUGCAUGACCACACUGUGCCUUGAUUGCCAAAGGCAUGAAUCAUACAAAACUCAAUAUAGAGCAAUGUUUGUGAUGAAUUGUUCUGUUAACAAAGAGGAGGUUCUGAGAUACAAAGCCUCAGAGAACAGGAAGAAGAGGCGGGGCCAUAAGAAGAUGAGGUCUAACCGUGAAGAUGCUGCAGAGCAGGCAGAGACAGACGUGGAAGAAAUCUAUCACCCAGUCGUGUGCACCGAAUGUUCCACCGAAGUGGCAGUCUACGACAAGGAUGAAGUCUUUCAUUUCUUCAAUGUUUUAGCAAGCCAUUCCUAAACAAGGCAGCUGGCAUUUAAUUGCCCAAUACUGUAUAUAAGAUAAAUAUGGACAGUUAUUUUCCUCCUGCCUAUUCAUGUCAUUAAGUGACAUUGUGUUGUUAUUUGAGGAAGCAGUAUUUUAUCUUUAUGAAAAAGAAUAGUUAUCAACCUUCAUCUCUCCCGCUUUCCUUUUUCUUUCCUUUAAUUUUCCCCCAAUACUGAUGGGACUGAUUAUUCAUUCCCUUUUUGAUGGACAUUUGGAAACAGUGGGGCUUUUUAUUUAUUAAAGCUCUUUAGAAUUAAAAUGUUCUGGAGUUUUAAG